UUCCGUGCCAGAUUUCCAGAACUCUCUUUCCCACUAGCCAACCCACACCCUUUAUAAAACCCUCCUCCCUCUGCAGCCACCUUCAAUUCCCAUUCUCCCCUUCAAACCCAGAACCAAAAAACCUCUCAUUUCCCCCAAUUCACCCAAACCCUAAAUUCAAAAACCUGGAAAAAGUUAGGGUUUUGCGUAUUGGGGGAUUCAUCAAUGUCACAGCUGAAGCCAAUUUCACACCUUGAUGACAUACCCUCCACGCCCGGCAAGUUCAAGCUCGAGAAAUCCCAGCCCUACAUUCACCGCCUCAGGUUCCACGCGUCGCUCUCCAAGCUCACCCUCUGGUCCUCCUUCUUCCUCGUCUUCAUUCUCUUCUACUACGUCCUCUCCUCGCCGUCGCCGUCUCUCCCCUCCCGGCGGUCCCUCAACGACUCCUGGGGCGGCCCCGAUUGGGAGAAACGGGUCACCCGCUCCGCCAAGACCUCGGCCCAUGGGCUCACCGUCCUCGUCACCGGCGCCGCCGGCUUCGUCGGGACCCACGUCUCCAUGGCCCUGAAGCGCCGCGGCGACGGCGUCUUGGGAAUCGAUAACUUCAACCACUACUACGACCCUCGCCUGAAGCGCGAUCGCCAGAAGCUUCUGGAAAGGAACGGCGUCUUCGUCGUGGAAGGGGACAUAAACGACGCGUCGUUGCUGAGGAAGCUGUUCGACGUCGUGCCGUUUACUCACGUAAUGCACCUGGCGGCUCAGGCCGGGGUUCGGUACGCAAUGCAGAACCCGGGGUCGUAUGUUCACAGCAACAUUGCUGGGUUUGUGAAUCUUCUAGAAGUGUGUAAAUCGGUGAAUCCGCAGCCGGCGAUUGUCUGGGCCUCGUCGAGUUCGGUUUAUGGGCUCAAUUCGAAGGUGCCGUUUUCGGAGAAGGACAGGACUGACCAGCCGGCGAGUCUUUAUGCUGCUACAAAGAAGGCUGGAGAGGAGAUCGCUCAUACUUAUAACCACAUUUACGGGCUUUCGAUUACCGGGUUGAGGUUUUUCACCGUUUACGGGCCGUGGGGGAGGCCUGACAUGGCUUACUUCUUUUUUACUAAGGAUAUUUUGAAAGGGAAGCCGAUUACGAUCUUUGAAGCUCCUGGUCAUGGCUCUGUGGCCAGAGAUUUUACCUACAUUGAUGAUAUUGUGAAGGGUUGUGUGGCGUCGUUGGAUACAGCAAAGAAGAGUACAGGGAGUGGUGGGAAGAAGAAGGGUCCUGCACAGUUGAGGGUGUUCAAUUUGGGGAACACGUCGCCUGUGCCGGUGAGUAACCUUGUGAGCAUUUUGGAGAAGCAUUUGAAGGUUAAGGCGAAAAAGAAGGUGUUGCCAAUGCCGAGGAAUGGGGAUGUGAUGUUUACGCAUGCCAAUAUAAGCUUAGCACACAAGGAGCUCAGGUACAAGCCUAGCACAGAUUUGCAGACGGGGCUGAAGAAGUUUGUGAAGUGGUACCUCAAUUAUUAUCAUGGGUCUAAGAAGAGGAUUAGUGCCUGGUGAUAUUUCUGUCUCAUCAUGUAGUGCUUUUGAGUCACUGUAAUUGUUGUUAUCAUUGAUUUUAUAUUUGUCUCCAACCGUUUUGCACACUUGGCACACUCGAGUUGUCACAAUAGUGAGUGAUACAGAAGAUGGAUAUUUUGGUUUGUCGGUUGAGGGCUUUCCGCUGCAGGCACACUUGAGUUGUACCAAGAACAAAUACUGGAGGCAUCUCAAAUGUUUUUCCACAUGCUGCUUCCUUUUUCCUUUAGGAUGUUCAUUUUUAGUGUUUGCUGUACAGCACUUGACUCAUAGAACAAAGGAAUUUGCUGAUUGGUGGACUUAAUUUUCAUUUUUAAAUAAUUCCAAUAAAAUGACAUUGUGCAUUGGAUAA